AUGGUGAAAAGUAAAAGAGAUGGAAUAUUUGGCACGCCACCAGAGCCGAUCUUCAAUGAGCAAACAUGUAGCCUACCUCUUGAUUUGUUGGAAGAUUCCUUUUGUAUCUUGGCAGAAGAAAAUAAAGGUGCUAUGAGAUCAACUUGUCACAAACAGGGUUUCUUUAAAAAUUCAACUUCAGCCGAGUUUGUCUUUCUGACAUGUGAUAAAUUUCGAUUGCGGCCAGAGACCAAGUAUCUAGCUGUAGAACUUUUCGAUAGAUUCAUGGUGCAACAUAUCCAAGAUCUCUAUCAGUGUGUGAAGAAGUCGAAAAGUAAAACGAAGAGUAAAGAUUGGGCAGCAAUCCAGGAGAGAAUACGCAAGCAGAUCACACUUCGAAUCGUCUCAUGUUGUCAGCUGGCAUCAAAGUUGACAUCUCACUACAAGGUAAAUUUAUUUCAGGUGAUCACGCCACAUAAGGCAAGGGUUUUCCUUACCAAUGCUGGACAUCGGUAUUACGAAGAUAGCAUCUUACAGUCGGAGCUGCGCAUUUUAAAGACGCUUGAAUACAGAGUGGCGAUAAGAACACCUAUUGUCUACUUGGAGACAAUACUGGAAAUCAUGGGUGGCAUUGCUGGUAGUGACUGUGAGGUAAAAAUCAUCCACGGGAUCUCCCUCAAGGUUCUCGACAUGUUCUAUCUUAGACGGCAAAAGAUGUAUUCACAGUUGUACCAGAUGGCAACAGGCUCAUCGGUUAUGUCCGGACAAGACAGGUUAAAUUUCGUAGCAGUUGAGAACGACUUCAUGUUGUUGGCUGUGGCAGUGAUAGCAGCCUCUUCCUACAUCAUUGAUCAGCAGGAUAGUGAUAAGGUGAUUAAACAGUUGGUAAAGAUCACGAAAAUUCCCCAAGAUGACAUUCUGGAUUUUGCUGCCAUCCUUGUACAAGAUAUCAUUAGUGAGGAGGCAAGAACAUGA